AGUGCCAGGCCGACCUCCGCGCCGUCACCUUCCGCCCCCGGCGACCGCGACGCCGCCGCCCGCUGGCGAGACCCGCCGCCCCCGACCGCGACGCCCGCCGCCGCCUCCGACUGCCCCAGACGCCGAUGCCUGGAGGGUCGCCACCGCCUCCGGCGACGACGCACUCUGUGCCCGCCAGUUCUGCGGCGUGAUCCACCACGAGUGACACUUCCAUUUCCAGUCCGGUACAGCGGUUUUCCGCGCUUGACACGCCUUUCCUGUGACACAGUGAGAAAGAUGGCACCUCUAUUGCCGACACCCACCUGGACUGUUCCCAGACACGCCGUGCAGAGCCAGUAAAGGGAGCCAAUUGCUGGUGAACUGUGAACCACUUCGCUAUUGCAUGCUACGUGAAAUUGCCGAAAAAGCAUCAUUUCAGUGGGACUACAUGCUACAGGGUGACAAACGUAAUCCCAUCUAAAUGCAGACUCUAUUUUUUACAAACUAAAUACAGUAGUGGGCGACUCUAGUGCACUAAGCGCUCCUGUUCUUACUUGUGGACUGUGGACCACUUUGCUGCUGCAGGACACGUGAAAGAACCUCUUCAGUGAUACUAUUUCGAGAAACUUCAAUGCAUCUAACACAGUGACAAGUUUUCAUGCGUAAAACAAGAGCCCAAUUUCUGUAGCAUAUUUAUAACUAUAAAGAAACAAAUAACACGAGAAAUAUUAUACUGUACUACUACUUAUUUUAGAACGGCAGCUGUUGGUGUCGUCUCUUUUACCACAGAUCAAGACUGGGCAGUUUCUGCUGUCGUAAACGAUAUUGCGUAGCGCGUAAAAUUAAUAAUGGGUGAUCUCUCAUCCAUUCUGAUUUGUUUUACUCCAAGAAGAUGCAAAAAUAUGGCUUAACCAUGAUAGUCGCGUUAAAAUAUCUGUCCCAGCUGUUUUUAUAGUACAAGAUUAAUACUGUCAGUGCGAACCGUUUUACACUGUGAUUUUAAAACGAGUUAAGCUACAACUUGGCCAAUUCUGAAGUGAGAAUUCUAAGAAGGUGUGGUUCAAACUGCUUUGCACUCGCCGCGUUCUGCGUGUAUUGCCUUCUACAGAGUGCUCAUAAAUGAAACAGUGUAACAUCCGCGUAUUUACGACAAGAAGUUUGGUUUCAUAAUAAUUUUAACGUCGUUAUGUAAGUUAGAGUUUCCUCUCUGGUUACGCUAGUACCACGUUGACGAAGACUGUAUUGAUUAUGAGGGUGUUUUGACAGGAAUACUGUGGCUGUACUCUUUUCCCCGACGAAGAAUUUUCUAGAAUUGUGACAUCGAAUACAACAAAGUCCUCGCCAGUGGUAUUUAUUAUCGAGAUACUGCUUGAAGAUUACGUGGGCGUAAGUCUGACCAACGGAAGCACCGAAGCUUAUGAGGUCUGGUCUUUCUUCCACUUCAGUGUCGUAAUUUUACAACCGUUUUGUGUCUGCAACGCUAGUGACAUAUUGCGUGGAACUGAGGGAAUGUUACAGCAGGAAAACAGUGGCCGUUCUGACUUACACUUAGAAGGAUUAUAGGGUAUUUCGGAAGUUAAGACGAUAGAGUCCUCGAAUCGGGAGAGGAGUACUUGUCAUCGAGGAGCCUCUCGCAGGAUACGUGGGCAUUACUAAGUAUCCCACUUGGGCCACCUUUACGGAAACUCGCGUGUGCGCGUGUGACCCGGUGACCAGCUGGAUAUGUCAACAGCAGCCCCCGGAGGUAUCCCUCGACCGCGUGGGUCAGUGCGCCUCACACCCGGCGUGCUUCGCCGCUGACGACCCAUCGGCGACCAGCGGCACUUUGCCCACCGCUCGGAGCUCGGCGAGAGGCGACUGAACGAUGACGUCAGAGGCGGGAUUGACCCGGUCGUUGAGCUGGCUGCUGCUGUGCCUGCAGCUCUGUCAGGCCGGCACCGGCGGGGACCCCCUGAUGCUGCGGAGGAGGGCGAGCGGCUUCCGGAACGCUUCCGCUGCCGAGAUGCCGGUGCUGCACCAGCACAGCAAAAGGUUCAGCGGCCUCUACACGGGUCCCUACUUCGACACAAGCACUGCUACCAACAUAACGGCCCAGCUGGGCACGCACGCCUACCUGCCGUGUCGCAUCAAGCAGCUGGGUAACAAGUCGGUGUCGUGGAUCCGGCGGCGCGACGCGCACAUCCUGACGGUGGACCGGUACACGUUCAUCGCGGACGACCGUUUCCAGGCGUUCCUGGUCGAGGCGACGGACACGUGGACGCUGCAGAUAAAGUACGUGCAGGCGCGCGACGCUGGCCAGUACGAGUGCCAGGUCAGCACCGAGAACAAGAUGAGCCACUUCAUCUCGCUGCACGUCGUCGUGCCGCGCGUGGAGAUCGCGGGCGGCCACGACCUGUACGUGCGCGCGGGCAGCACGGUGGCGCUGCGCUGCGAGGUGACGCAGUCCCUGGAGGAGCCGGCCUACAUCUUCUGGUACCAUGACGGCGAGCGCGUGCUCUCCUACCAGGACAUCCGGCUGGAGCGCGUCGCGCCCGACGCCACCGUCAGCACGCUGCUGAUCCAGCGCGCGCGCCGCGAGCAGUCGGGCAACUACACGUGCAAGCCCAGCAACCUCGACUCCGCCUCCGUCCUGCUGCACGUGCUCGACGGGGAGCACCCGGCGGCGAUGCAGCGCGGCAAGAACUCGGCGGUGCCGGCGGGCAGCUGGUGGGGUCACGUGUGGUGCCGCCUUGCGCUGGCGGCGCUCGCCGCGUGCUCCGGCCUGCACGACGCGCCCUGCCCCUGCCACGCCGCGGCUCUGCUGCCCGCGCUACUCGCCGCGGUCGCCUGGGCCUCCGCGUAGUCCAGCCCGCCGGCCACCACCUGCUUGCGGUGACUCCCAGCCGACGGUGCGGCCGCGGCAGCGGCAGCUCCGGAUCCACUGGACUGGAGAGGCUCCGACUGCUGCGGUCCGAGAGGCGACCCACUAGAGUGCACUUCAGACGUUGCGUGCUCCGUUAUACCAGUUCGAAUCACAAGUGGAUAGUAGACGUUACGAACAGUUCCUUCGGCAGCUGAAAGAAGUAAUUCAGAUUCACUCAUACGAAAGGACGAGAAAGUUGUUUACUACUGAAUCAAAGGAAUUGCCCGGACCAUACAGAUUCAGUCGUUAAAUCGACAGGUCACACUAUUUUCAGAUACACUGAAGACACAGAAACAAAGUUUUCCAUAAAUGGAAUCACAGCAACUGUAACUGAUAUGAAAAUAAACUGUAAUAGUCCAAAUCGUGCUAUAUUUUCGUUCAACUGGAUGCAGUUGGUUCCAGUUAUAAUAAACGUUUUUCUACCAUGUCCAUUACUGUGACCAUAACCUCGUUGGUUCCAGUUAUAGUAAACGUUUUUCGACCAUGUAUAUUACUGUGACCACAACCUCGUGGUAUUACACAGCAGCUAUACCGCAAUUUUACACCACAGGCACAGUGACCUCAUGGUGUUACACAACGGCUAUGCCCCAAGAUAUCCAUUACAGUACUGAUAGGUUCUGGUAUUACGCAGCAGCUAUACCAUAAGAUAUGCAUUACAGUGACUGAUAGCUCAUGGUAUGACACAAUAGUUAUGCCAUAAGAUAAGCAUUAUGGUGACUAAUACCUGACUGCAAUAACUGGUGGCUGAUAUGGUAUUUAAAUGGAAAUAAAGUCCCAUGCUUCUUUACAGAGCGUAGGGGAACGAUGUGGGAGACCAGCACCGCUUUACUAGGCAAGGUCCUAGUGGAGGUGGUUUGCCAUUGUCUUCCUCCGACCGUGAUGGGGAUGAAUGAUGAUGAUGAAGACGACACAACAACACCCAGUCAUCUCGAGGCAGGGAAAAUCCCUGACCACGCCGGGAAUCGAACCCGGGACCCCGUGCUCGGGAAGCGAGAACGCUACCGCGAGACCACGAGCAGCGGACAAUAUGGUAUUGCACAGUGGCUAUAAUGUGGUAUUGCACAGUGGCUAUACUGUAACAUGUCCGUCAGUCGCCGUCUCCCUGCGGUAAUCCACCGUCUCCUCAUGCUGUGUGCAGUCUUGCUCUAAUGCUGCUUAUUACAACUUUACUAGUUAUCUCCAGUAGAACGAAACUAAAUUGCGAUUUUCACCGUUACCAUUUAUUUUUCCAUGAAUGAGAACAGUUAAGUAUUAUUCUUAACGAGUAGUUUUACAUAACAUGUCUAAGCGAUAACAGCUUAGAAGACGGGACUUAAACGUCAGUCCACAUCGUAAUUUCCUUUUACUGAGCAACAGUCUUCAGUUGUACAGCUGUCUUCGGAAAAAUUUAAUAUCCAUGGGACGGCACCAGCAUCGAGAGCAUCAAUCAUGUGGAGUCACUGUCUGUGGACAGCAACUGAGUUAAUCAUUCGGGACAUUAAAUCGCUCUCAAGAUGAAUGUAUAACCAGAACCAGUGACGAGAGACGUGUAUAUCAUGAUUACGAUUAUUUUAAGGUGAAUUUUCUGUAGACAGUUAAUGUUUACAGAUUUACCGUUGGGUAUUUUCAAGCACUUCAGUUUUCUCUUUAUUCAGAGAGGUAACAUAAUUUAACUAUUUCACGCGACACUGGAAAUGAAACAUAUAUGAGUUAAUGGAACUUACAAGGUUACAUUUCUAGGAUUUCAGAGUUUUGACGCAAUUUUACACUUUCUGUUUCAGCUUCUUUCGUUACAGUUCAGACGGACCGUGUAAUGGCUGAGUUGCCUAUACACAUUUGCCUGUUACCCCUUUAAUCUGUUCACAAUUUUCUGUCAUGUCUGUCACAUUCUUCCCUGGGAUAAGGGAACUGCUUGGUCUUCUUAAAAUACCCACUCCUUAAUUUUAUUUCAGAAUUUUGUUUUGUCUUCGAUUUCUUUAAGAUUUUCAUGCAGUUUUCUAACUGAGUUAAUAAUUGUGUUUCAAUUUUUUUAAACGUUGUCCAAUUUUUUUUCUCAGUUUCAAUGAACACACCUUCUGAUGGUGUCCAAAAAUAUUAGUCGCCUUUUCCUAAUUUCGUCUGUAAUUUUUUCUGUGUGUUUUCAUACCUCUUUGCCCUUUCUUCAUUUCAACUAUGUUUGUUAAAACCAUUUGAUACUCGUGAAUGUGGAAAUUAAUAUAACAUGAGGCUAACUUAAACUGGUAAUAAUCCCAGAUUAAUAUCCCUAAUGAGAACGGACAGUCAAUCAUCCUGACAUAUUACACAGAUUUAUGACACGCGAGCACAAUGAUCUGUCUCACUAAACACUGUAGCAUCGGUAAAACUGCUGGUUGUUUUGACAGCCCGUGACGCUAUGUCCUGUCUCAUGAAGAUGAUUCUGUUGAGAUGGCAAGAUCCCUUACACUGCCAGUUAGCCUUUGUACUUAAGUAAUUGACAGUGAAAAUCAUUAUGUCACCAUAACAAGUUUUGUAAUUUUAAAAGCUUUUAACAUGAUGUCAAUGCAUUGAUUCGAUGUUUGCUAACGAUUCUUCUUCCUGCGUGUAUCUUUCUGUCUUAGGUUUCGACUGGACAUUCUCUAUUCUUCGUUCACCUGUGUCCCUUCCUAAUCUCCUGAUGCAUGCUUAAGUUUAUAAAUGUCAUCCUGCACUUUGAGUACUCUCUUCUUCGUUUCUAUGUCUUCCCAGCUACCUUUUCUUUGGUGAAUCUUCAUAGCAGGCAAUUGAUUGGUGAUAUUAACACCAACAAAAUGUUUUUAUUAUUCUUAUUAUUUUUGCCUCCUCUGUUCAUAGAUGUACUUCUUGUCUCAUUCUGUCAAUCCAUUUUACUUUCAGCAUUUUUAUUCACAAUACGUUUCACAGUUAUCUAAGUAUAUUUUCACUUUCGUUUUGGGUGUCCAUGAUUUAAAACCAUUAAAUAUUAAAGUACAGACAAAACAUUUGUGAAAUCUCCUACUUAGUUGCACCAGAAUUCUUGUCGUCAACAAAUCUCUCAACUUCGGAAAAGCUCUUCUAGCCAUACAUGUUCUGAUCCUUGCUGCUUUUUUAUAGUUUCCUUUUUCUGUCGACGAGCUUGCCUAAUACCUAACAGAUUUUAGUUGUUCGAAGAGUUUUCCUUUCGGUAACAUUGGAUGAAAUCUUAAUUUUUUGCUAGUGCCCAUCAUUUUGGCCUUUUUGUAUUCUUUCCCCACGAUUACAACACUCUCCAUCAAAAACUGUAGCUCUUCCUCCGAGUUUGCAGACAUAAACGCCUAUAUGCUUAAUAAUUUUUGUCCUAUCUUUUUGCACCUUUGCGCCUCUUGUUUUUUCCUAAUUUCCUAGCGUUGGUGACAUUCAUUAUCACUGUCUACCGCCUGUCAUCUCAUCUGUUCCAACCGGAAAUAAUAACUACCAUUUCCUGUCUAGUGAGUAGCUAAUAUCUGUAGCUGAAAUAUAUGGGGAAAGGCCAGGCAUCCGUCAUAUUUUACAACUGCAAUGCCGGAAAACUAGCACUGUGAUAUCAGUACGUUUUCAGAUCACUAAAUACCCCCUCCUCAUUCCUCAAAAUAUUUCUCUGUAACAACCGGCGUAUUUCUUGUACUAGUUUCCUUAAAAUCACAGUAAGCUCUAAAAUAAACGUUAAGAAAUGUCUAGUCCUUCAGUACCAAUUUAGUCAAAAAUAUUAAGAGCUUACAUCACGCAGAAAGUAAUAAUUCGACUACCGACACUCAUGGAAAACAUUGUUGCGAUGUCUUCAAGUAUUCUGAAAAUGUUUGGGACCUAGGUCCUCAGGCAUAUCCACCAUACGUCACCGCGGAAGUGUCAGUUUAGAGAUUAUUCUGGUUCCCCCAAAAACAGGAGAUGUUGAGAGUUUAAGAAAAGGUUUGUAUAAUAAAUCUAUAUGAACAAUCGAGAUUAGCUUUAUGUUGAGUGCAGCAUGCUGGAAAAUUUUUUCAAGAACCAAUAAAACACGAAGAUGAACAAUAGUGACUACUAAACAUUUUUUGUUUCUGUUGUUCAGAAGUAGACUAUGUUUGUCAUAUGGGUGAUAAGUAUAGUACCAACACUUUAUACUUAAAUUCUGCAAAGGAAAAACUCUUGUACAAUGUUUUCUAGAGUGAGAGCAGGUUUUCCUCAUGCGGUGUAUGGGGCAGAUUUUUAAUGCAGAGAAGCAUUUCUCUUUGUGCAUCUAGAAAAUUGCUGCUGUCCUUAUUCAACAGGCGACAUCACCUUCUUCGAAUAACACUUGUUGAAAGUGACGUAAACGAGUUUCGUGAAGGCGGUUAAUGGUGUGAUACCGCAGGAUCUUUAAUUCCUGAACCGUGACGAGAGGACUAGCACAUGUAGCUGUGUUAAUACAAAAUUUCUGGAACUGUGUCCUCCAGAAAAUGGCUGUUGCCGAUUAUCCAGAUCUCUUGGCUCCAUUCAUAGACAGUUUCAUGAAAUCUGUUCCCUCUACCAGGACGUCAGACAGCCAACGUCUAAACUUUACUGACACGGCUUUAGUGUUCUCAAGUGACAAAUUCCAUUAUACAGGUAUAAUAUAUUAUUUGAAAGUGUUAAAAUUAUUUUAUCGUACAGUAAUAACAUUAAUGUUUUUUGUUUACGAAUUAUUUGGUUGUAAUCUGAUGUCUACAAACUUGAAAUGGGAACACUGAUUUUCCAGAAACUAUACAAUAAUAAAGAAACUAAUUAUUGUCUUCGUUACAA